GCCCUGAGAGGGUAUCUGGCAGUUCACCGAAGAUGGCGGACUCGAUUGGCAUGCGAGGGGCAUUUACGGAAAAGCGGCGAGCACGCGAAAAAUCGGCGAUUCUGUGUUAAAGCGAUACUGUCAGCGUCAUCCGCGCCCGGAGUGCGCGUCACGAGACAGGAGGAGAUUCCCUCGAUCGGCUGAGUUUCAGAUACGCUCAGUAGACGUUUCGUUAGUCGUCCGUUAAUCUUCGAAGGAAGGAAUUCAUCGCGUUUUUACUCAUUGCUCAGGGAAAGAUAUGUGAGUCUUCUUGUUCAUCCUGAUCUCGAUAACGUUCUUCAGAUACUCGCUUAAUCGAGAAAAAUGAUGGCAUUACGAGACCGAAUAGAGUUCAUAACUAUAAAAGACACGAAAUGAAUCCGGAUGUUGGAUCUAAUUGUAAGCCGCUUGGAAGAUCACAGUACGGUGUACACGUGUGUGAAAAAGGGACGACGCACCAUUCGCAGACGUUCUAUCAUCGUUUUUGAAAGUUAUUCUUGCCGCUUCAUUUUUCAAGGAUCGAAUAAUAGAAGAAUAAUCAUUGAAAGAAAAUUGAACAGAUCGCAUAAUAAAGAAGCACAAGGAAGCAUAAGGAAGCAAAAAGACAUAGGAAUCCGAGGCAUAUUUCCUAUCGGAAAGUAAUUCGUCAAGAAAUUCGGUACUUUUUAAAGAACGCGUUCAUUCUUGAUAUGGCCACGAUGGCUGGAGGGGAGUACACAUCCGUGAAGGACUUUUACAGAGAUAGAUCGAUUUUUAUAACCGGAGGCACGGGUUUCAUGGGUAAAGUUCUCGUCGAGAAACUACUGAGAUCGUGUCCGGAUAUCAAGAACAUUUAUCUUCUGAUGAGACCCAAGAAAGGCCAAAAUGUUCAAGAGAGGUUGCAAGAACUCUUAAACGCACCGUUAUUUGAAAAAUUACGACGGGAUUCUCCGGGUGAGCUGUCGAAGAUCAUACCUGUGGCUGGUGAUGUCACGGAACCGGAACUGGGCAUCUCAGCAAACGAUCAAGAUAUGCUAAUACGAUCGGUAUCGGUCGUUUUUCAUUCAGCGGCCACCGUUAAAUUCGACGAGGCAUUGAAACUCUCAGUCACCAUAAAUAUGUUGGGCACCAAAAGAUUAGUUCAAUUGUGCCAUCGAAUGCGUAACGUGGAGGCUCUCAUUCACGUUUCGACGGCAUAUUGCAAUUGCGAUCGACAUGAUGUCGCCGAGGAGAUUUAUCCGGUGGCGAAGGAACCCGAACAAGUGAUCGCUCUGACACAGUGGAUGGACGAUAAGAUGGUUGAAGAUUUGACUCCAAGUCUGAUUGCUGGUCGACCGAAUACAUAUACAUUUACCAAAGCGUUGGCCGAGCGAAUGCUUCAGCGGGAAAGAGGUUCUUUACCGGUGGCGAUUGUCAGGCCAUCGAUCGUGUUGUCAUCGUACAGAGAACCAGUUGCCGGUUGGGUAGACAAUUGCAACGGGCCUACCGGGAUUAUUGCUGCUGCCGGAAAAGGCUUCUUCAGAACUAUGCUGUGUCACAAGGACAAAGUGGCGGAUUUGGUGCCUGUCGACAUAGUGAUAAAUCUUAUGAUUUGCGCGGCAUGGAAGACUGCGACGCAUCGCACCGACACCAUCUCGAUUUACAACUGUUGCACCGGUCAGCAAAAUCCAAUAACUUGGAAGGAGUUUGUUGAUCUGUCAUUCAAAUAUAGCCGGCUACAUCCGGCAAACGAUGCUGUCUGGUAUCCGGAUGGUCGUUGUCACAGCUCCAUUAUCCUAAAUAAAUUGUGCGUGACACUUCAGCAUACGCUACCCGCGCACAUUUUAGAUACCUUCGCACGUCUGAAGGGCUCGCGACCGAUAAUGGUCCGUGUACAGGCGAAACUAUCCAAGGCUACCAAGUGUCUAGAGUACUUUAGCACGAAACAAUGGAACUUUAGGGACGACAACGUGCGACGACUCGGUGAACAACUCAGUCCGGAGGAUCGGGAAAUAUUUAUGUUCGAUGUCAAGCAGAUCAAUUGGCCGUCAUACUUGGAACAUUACAUCUUGGGAAUACGACAGUUUAUUUUGAAGGAGAGUCCGGACACACUGCCAGCUGCUCGUUCACACAUUACAAAACUAUACUGGCUUCACAGGGCCAUGCAAUUCGGGAUGCUGAUAAUAAUGCUACGCGUUUUACUAUUACGCAGCGCUGCGACGCGAGGAGCUUUCUUUUCGUUGCUGUCUAUCGUACUUCGCAUAUGCCGCUUGAUUGUUUGACGGCUCAGAAUAGGCCCGGUCGAUGAUCGCGAUCAGCCGAUGAACACGAAGCGACCGCUAUCUAUGGAGCGUUAUUUAAACGUACGAUUUGUUCUUCGACCUCGUUGCUCAGUCUCCUCAACGAUAAAGCGCUACCCUCAUACCACCCAUCGAUUGGCCUUCUCGAUAUUAAUCGUUGACGAGUAACAUCAUCGGUUAUAAAUAUUCGAUUCAUGACAAAGCCGUGAUUCGAUCGCGCGCGAUCGAAUAAGAUCUUCGUAAUGAAAUUAUCUCCCGACGAGUACAAGUUCUUCAAUUUUGCAUAUAUCACAAUAAUUAUUAUUAUUAUUACUAUUCUUAUUCUUAUUAUUAUUACAUUACCAAUGUUAUAUUGUCCCGUGUAAACCGUCGCAGAAUCAAAUCGUCUGUUUCUAUAUAGUAGUGUGAUCGUCAUUGCGUGUCCCAUUAUGCUAUAGAAUAAAAAAUAAACGCGCAUCACCACGAUUAUUCCGUUAUAGCGUCAUCGUACAUCGAUACUUUGCACAACGUCAAUUUCUAAUAAAUAAAAGCCAAGUUGUAUCGGCACACGAUUGUUGCUAAAGCGAGCUCGGUACGUCUUUAGACUAGCCAGUCGGUUUUCGGUAAAUGGUAAGAGAUGCUCGCUAAUAACCAUACAUGUACACCUACAAACAAACACACACAUACAUUCUCGCAACACGACGCAUUGAGAAUCCGUCGUGCCUUUAUAUCGUUGAUAUCUGACAUUCUUUUCCUUUUUUACUCUGUGAUGUAAGAUACUUAGAUAGAUAUUUUGCUACAACCACACAAAGACUCUGUGGUUAUGCAUACAGAGAUGAAAAUUGCAAUUGAGAUUUUAGAAAUAGUAAGAAGGCCGAUCACACACAUGUAAAAAGAGUAUCAUGAUAAGAGUAUACGUUAGUUAGAACAAAUAAUAUAGUGUGUUUUUUUGAGAACUGCCACUGAUACGCGCCAAAAUCUUAGCCGUAUACGUUACGUGUCUUGUCCAGAACAACGAGAGAUCGGAGCGCGCAAAUAUUCUUACAAACUUGUCGAAAAGCUAUCACAUUCUAUCUUAAUGAAAUUCUCUCUAUGUAUCUUACACAUAUUGUUGUCACAGGAUCGACAAUUUUGAAGGCAUUGGCAACUCUUAUCAGUCAGAUCCUAUCAAAAAUGAUAAAAACGCAAAAAAUCAAAAUCCCCGAAUUAAUUAAUUGCUUAAAAAAUUCAUGUGCGAUUAAAACUUAUCUUAAUUAAUCGAGAUAAAACGGUACUGGGUUUUUUAGAUGUACAAGUCGCGAUAAUCAUUUGAACAUUCAUGCUCCAUCCGUUGUUGCCUGUGUCUUUAAAAUGAUUAUGAUACUACGCUUUGUAUUAUUUAUUAAAAUAGGUUUUUUUUUUACACAUGUAUCGAUUUUUUUCGCAUGAAAUAAUUUAUUACUUUAAUCGGAGCGGGCUUCCCCCCCCCCUUGCUCCAUUCUCCUUAUAUGUUCUACGAGCAUAUCGAUGAAAUGUUGUCGGGCUUCGGGAAUGAGAGAGAUACACUUGAAAUAGAGAUAAGCGUAAAUGUAACAGAAAUAUCCACGUUAAUUAGCAACGUAAGAAAAUGACAAAUAACUUUAAUUUUGCGCCAAGAGUAAAAGAGGAGUAGUGCUACGAAGGUCACCAUCUGCUAGUCUCGUCUGUAUUGUUACUCGGUUACACAGUGCAUAUAAAAAAACAAUAUUUAAUAUAUAAUUAAUUUAAUUAAUAUUAUACUCUAUGCUACUAUAAAAAUUACAUUAAAAAUGAUGAGUCAUUACACGAGCCAGUUCUUCGUUGUUUUCCUGCUCGAUAUCCUUUCACAUCUGACACAUAAAUUUUUAUUAAAUGUAGCGAAUAUAUUGAUGAUCCUUGUCUUCACGCAUCAAAAUACCGACAUAGAGAGACGGAUGAAAUCGAUAUUUAUUUAUUAAUAUCCAUGUGUGUCGCUAUUUAUAAUUGGCGAGAGCUCGCGAUGCAUCUCUCUCUGUCUUUCUCUCUCUUUCUUAUGGCGUUUGAUUUUUAUAUCGCAAAUUUUUUAAUAUCUUUCAAAACAAAUGUACUAUGUAUAUGUAUAUAUAUAUGUUAGAUUCUUUUUCCGAUGAAUCCGCACGAGAUAUUUUA